CGACCAAGUCAAAUACCCCAAACACCCGUCUUCCAAACCUUCAAUCUUCCCAGCCGAAUAGAAGGCGACGUGUUUGAUCUCGAAGUAGAUGGCGAAAUCCCGCCGGAGAUCAACGGAACGUUCUUCAGAGUUCAGCCCGACCACCGAUUCCCGCCUCUGUUUGAAGAAGAUAUACACUUCAGCGGCGAUGGCAACGUAACGGCAAUUCGGAUUCAAAAUGGCCACGCAGACUUUAAACAAAGAUAUGCCAAGACCGAUAGAUUCAUCGCCGAAACAGAAGCCCGGAAAGCGCUCUUUGGGAAAUACCGAAAUCCCCACACUGAUUCCGACUCUGUGAAAGGCGUGAUUCGCACCGUGGCUAACACCAACAUCACAUUUUGGCGUGGAAUGCUACUUGCCUCUAAAGAAGAUGGGCCGCCGUAUGCUAUGGAUCCGGUUACGUUGGAGACGAUCGGAAGAUAUGAUUUUGAGGGACAGGUUCGAGCACCGACUUUUACUGCGCAUCCCAAGUUUGAUCCCAAGACUGGUGAAAUGGUUUGUUUUGGUUAUGAGGCUGGUGGUGAUGGUAAUGACGGUUCUUGCGAUAUUGUUGUUUAUACCAUUGAUGCGGAUGGCAAGAAGACUGAGGAAACGUGGUACAAGUCUCCGUUUUGUGGAAUGAUUCAUGAUUGCGGCAUUUCGGAAAACUAUCUUGUUCUUCCUCUGACCCCGUUGAAGUGCUCGGUUGAUCGCCUCAAGAACGGCGGCAAUCAUUGGGCGUGGGAUCCUACGGAGAGUCAGUGGUAUGGCGUCGUCCCGCGAAGAGGCGGGAAGCCUGAGGAUAUCAAAUGGUUCCGCGCUGAAAAUGCUUUCCACGGCCACGUAGCAGGCUGCUACGAGAACGACCAAGGACACAUCGUAUUCGACCUGACAGUAGCCGACGGCAACGUCUUCUUCUUCUUCCCACCAGAAAACGAGGACGCAAGCAACCUAGGCGCAAGAAACCGACUCGAAAGCGUCACCCACCGCUGGGUCUUCGAUCCAAGCCAAGACUCAGAAUCAUGGGUCAAGCCCGAGCGAGUCUGGAACACCAGCGGCGAGUUCUCCCGCAUCGACGACCGCUAUGUUACAAAGAAAUACAAUCAUUUCUGGCAAGCGAGAAUCGAUCCGUCGAGGGAGUAUGAUGCUGCGAAAUGCGGGUCUCCUGCGGGUGGACUAUUCAACUGUCUUGGUCAUUAUCGUUGGGACGACCAAUCCGAGGACGUCCUCUGGGCUGGUCCGCGAGCUACCUUCCAGGAGCCCACGUUUAUUCCUCGGGAAGGUGGGGGUGAGGGCGAGGGGUGGAUUAUUGCGCUGGUGAACCGGCUGGAUGUUCUUCGGAAUGAUGUGGUGAUCGUCGAUGCGGGGAAUCUUGCGGCUGGGCCCGUUGCAACAAUCCACCUGCCGUUUAAAUUGCGACUGGGAUUGCAUGGGAAUUUUGUUGAUCAUCGGGAUAUUGGGGAGUGGGAGCGGCGGAGAGCUCCUGGUGGGGAUCUUGGUCCUGUUGAGGCUGCGAAGGCACCCCUUGAUUGGCAACUAGCGUAUCUGAAGCAGUGA